UCUCUCUCUCUCUCUCUCUGUAUUCGCUUACCCAUGAUGUUUAAUCUCUUUGACAUCAUUCCUGUUUUUCUAUUUUCUUUGAUGGUCGUUGAGCCUUUUGAGAAUAUACGGUUGGAGGUUUGGCUCUGCAAUUUCCCUGGUGCACGCAUUGUGCUUGAUAAAAUGCCAGACUGUGGUUGUGUUUAGUUGGAGUCAAAAUCGUCACUUUGGGAUAAUAUGUAUAUUCCUUUAGGGUAACUUGCACUGACCACUUAAAAGGAUAUUAACAUGGCAUCCCUUUAUAUGUAAAAGUGGCACCAUGAGAUUUAAGUUAUAUGGCACUUGAUAUCCUUGUAUUUAUAAAGGCUGGUGCAUACCUUAUUUGUAAAUUUGAGAUUAGGGAGGUCAGUGUAGACAUGAUAAAUCAAGGGGUUUUGUCUAUAACAUUCAACUUGGAUACUACUAAUAGGCUUUACUGUAACAGUUGCUUGCACAAUUUGAAUCUUAUUGGUAAAAAUUGCAGGUCUUACAUUUCUUGGAUAGUAGGCAUAAGAUGCACCAUGAAGCCGUAAACUUCUGUCAAGCAAUUGUAAAGAAAAAGUCAGUGCCAUGGAAAGCUGUCGUCCGCAAUAAUUUGUCUGAGCCUAUUAAAGAUGUGGACAUGGUUGUUACAGUUGGUGGUGAUGGAACCCUUUUGGAGGCCAGUCAUUAUAUGGAUGACACGAUUCCUGUUCUUGGAGUGAAUUCUGACCCUACACGGAUUGAUGAGGUGGAAAAGUUCAGCAGUGAGUUUGACGCUACCAGAAGCACUGGCCAUCUUUGCGCUGCAACUGUUGAAAACUUUGAGCAAGUUUUAGAUGGCAUACUUGAAGGUCAAAUUGUUCCUUCCAAGUUAACGAGGAUAAUGACAUCUGUGAAUGCACAUCAGUUAUCAACUUUUGCUCUGAAUGAUAUCUUGGUUGCGCAUCCUUGUCCGGCAUCACUUUCUAGGUUCUCUUUCAGUAUAAAAAAGGACGAUCAGUUCUGUUCACCACGAGUUAACUGUAGAUCAAGUGGUCUAAGAGUCUCAACGGCUGCCGGUUCAACAGCAGCAAUGCAUUCGGCCGGAGGAUUUCCAAUGCACAUUUUAUCACAGGAUCUUCAGUACAUGGUAAGGGAGCCGAUUUCACAUGGGGCUGUGUCCAACUUCAUGCAUGGAUUGGUUGAACAUGACCAGAAAAUGGACACUACAUGGUCUAGUAGAAGAGGUGUGAUAUAUAUUGACGGUUCUCAUGUCAAUUAUUCCAUAAAGAAUGGGGAUUUCAUUCAGAUAUCUUCUAAAGCACCAGUUCUGAAAAUUUUCUUGCCUCAUCAACUGUUACAAUUGAAAAAUGCUUGAAGUUAAUUCACAACAUGCCGUCAUCAGCAGAAGGGUAUUCUAAUGUCAGAGGACAGAGCAACAUCCCAUUCCCUCAUAGUAGUUGUGCUACAAAUGCAACUUAGAAUCUCAUCCCCAUAUACGUGCCCCGAAGAUGAAAAAGUUUCUUGAUGUAUAAUUGAAUAUAUCACUUGAUAAGCUCCAAUGGCCCAAUGGGGAGUAUUUUCUUGAGGGGGGAGUUUCGAGGUUCAUCAGAUAUACCUGUCUUUCUGGAGGAACAAAGAUUCUAGUUAUACACUUGUACACACACCCCACCUUGUGGCACAAUGAGAAAUAACAGGCCUUUAAGAUAUUGUAUUGGUCUAAAAUAUUUUGGUGCUAAGAGUCUAGGAACAGAAACACUGCUUUUGGAAUCCAUUAGAUGAGCAAAUAUGCCAGUCCCCUAUUGGUUUGAUUGUAUGCUAUGCCUGUAAUUUUUUGUUACAUUCUUUUUCAAUGGUUAGAUACAGUUUAAAGUUCAGAUAAAAAUUAGGUUCUCUAAUGAUUUUCAUCUAUCAA